AUGCCGAACCCAGGUAUGGGCACUAUCGACAGACAGACCUUCGUCGACCGACUACGAAGCAUGUCUUCUCAUGACUGGAAGCAAGCAGAAGCCCAGUGGGAGACUCUCAUGCAUGUCUUUUCUUGCAUCCAGGGUCCGCCAGGUGCAGGAAAGAUGUACGCAAUGCUGCUGGAUCUGCUGCUGAAGGAGCCUUACCUCCUGAAGGAGAUCAUUAUCGUCGUGCAAGGCUACACGAACCAGUCCGUCGACCACCUCGUCGAACAUCUGGACCCGCUGUUCAGAGGCUCGAUUCGUCGCCUUGGGAACCAAUCUCGCAAGCCAGAAGAAAUGGGCGGCUUCUCUAUACGAAGCGCUCGGGCCAAAUACAGCAACAGCCUUCCGAAAAGCAGCAAAGAGCUUCCUUUCAAUAAGCUUGUGACAGUCACGAACAACGGAUCCGACAUGACAGCUGCGGCAUCCAAAGCUGUGCUGCUACUCGAUUUCCUUCAGAACGGCGAGAUGUCCUACGAGGUCGUCGGCGACUUCCUGAAAGACCAUUACCCCAAGAUAUGUGGGUCGUUUCAAACGCCAGAGAAGAAUUACCACCAGUCCGAGCGACACAAGCAAUACGCGGGCAUGCGACCGUGGGUAAAAGAGCGUCUGAGAGCUGCCCCUCUGUAUCUUUUUCUUGACUGGCUACAAGGGAAAGAUUUCAGCGAGGCCAUCCUGCUGGAGAGGAUGCUGAGUGCAAUCAAGUCAGAAGAGGACACGCCUCUGUUCAAGAAUGCUCUUCAGGAGGAAGCAAUCAAGGCCUGGGAAAACGCCAACAGCAACAACCUCUCCACGAUAUGGGACCUCAGUCACCAAGCCCGCAUCAAUCUUGCUGAAGGAUGGUUCUUGAGUGAUAAGGAUGAUGCGAGAAAAGUCGCUGCUAUCGGAACGCGCGUCAUUGCGUGCACGGCUUCAUACUCCGUCAUGAGGCCUGCACUGAUAUCAGAGCUUGGUCCAAUAAUUUUCCUCAUCAACGAGGCCGCCCUAUGGCCGUACACAGCUCAAAUGUGUCAAUACCGGUUUGGUACGGUACAGCAGAUGCUGCUCACUGGCGACCAUGCGCAACUCGGCCCUCAAGGUCGAGGAGAAGGGCUGAUGCAAGCUCCUUUUAAUAACAGUAUCUCGGUAUUUCAGGACUUUUUCAUGGACGCAACGUCCAGCAAGACAACACUCGAUCUCGAACACCGUUGUCCUCCUCCCAACCUGGGAGUUGUCAAGUCUGUCAAGUCAUCGGAUGGCCUGCCGCCGUAUCCCCACCUCACGGCUGCUGCCUCCACGCAUAAAUAUUCAGAACUCCCGGGCAUGGAAAGCAGAUUGCUAUGGCUCGACCAUCGUCAUCCUGAAGGUGGCGGUGAUGAUGAUGGCCUGACGGUUCAAAGUGAUGUGGUGACAGCAUCACUGCACAGAGACACCCACAAAUCUCUCUCAAAUGCAAAGGAGGCGGAAAUGGUCCUGGACAGGGCCGACCUUGCGAUCAUCACACCAUACAAUGGGCAACUUAAUCUCAUUCUUCGCAAUGUGUCAAAACUCCGCAACAUCCAGCUCUGGUUGUCGGAUGCAGAUCGAGAAAUGCUGGUCGCAUCCGGUUCAUUUGACGAGAGCGAAAUGGAGAAGUUACCUAUCUCACCAUUCUUGACCCUGGAGACCUAUCCGAGAGGCAUCGGUGCGCAUGGUAUACUGUAUCCCAUGCGCAGGCCGGAAUUGGGCUAUAAACUAGCCUAG